AUGCUGCCUCGAGAGAUGCAGUGCGCCUACCGCAGCAAGUUCUGCAACGCUCCACGCUCCACCAAGCUCGACGGCACAUUGCACAAGCUGUGUGACUUUCACCGACGGAAGGCCAACGCCAACCAACAACGACUGCACAAGCGCAAGAAGCACAUUCUCGAGCAACAAGCCGCUACCGCCCCUUCGAUGCCUAGUGACGAUCACGCAAUAAAGCGAGCACGUCUUGGUCUCGAGAGUCCACAGGGCACGACGGAACCAACCAGCGGAAUUAUGCUCCAGAACAGCUUUGACCUGCUGGAAGUCAAGAUUUUGGAAGUGCUGCUCUUUGGGUCCGAGUGCGCAUCUAUCAGACAACCUCCUCAGAUGCUAAUGAAGGACCAAGCCUUCUAUUGCCCCGUGUCACCUACAACGCCCUUGAUACCGUCAGUGCCCGUGUUUGAUAGCGCUUGGCCGGUGGCGCUCUAG